ACACAUCUGCUUAAGAAAAUUACUGUGAUACAGAUGAGCAUAAACCUGUGAUACUAUUAAGAGUCUCCUAAACAUUUCUGGAUUUUGGUGUGAUUGGAAUUUGAAAUUCUUCAGCUUAUCUGGAGACAUCAAAUGAGGAUGAAGCAUUUUCUUCCAUCAAGUGGAGUGGAGAGCAAGCACAAAGAUAACAGCAGAUCACCUCAAAGGCAAGUAUCUCUCAUCUUAUUAUUGUAUUUGUUCCACAUAGCUACCUCAGAACAUAUUCAGUAUUCAAUCCCUGAAGAAAUGGAAAAAGGCUCGAUUGUGGGAAAUCUUGCCAAAGAUCUGGGACUGAACACAGGACAAAUAGCAAAUAGCAAACUGCAUAUACUCUCUUUAGGUGAAAAGCAGUAUUUCACUAUCAGUGCAGAAAAUGGAAAUCUUUAUAUAAAUGACAGGAUUGAUAGGGAAGAAAUAUGUGGGGAAACUAAAUCCUGUGCCAUCAGUUUUGAAGUGAUGGCUGAAAGUCCUAUGAAUAUUUUUCAUAUAACUGUGGACAUCAAGGAUAUUAAUGACAAUGCACCACAUUUUCUACAUAGUGAGAUCAAGCUUGAAAUCAGUGAAUUAACCUUGCCUGGAACAACAUUUGUUUUGGAGGAAGCUGAAGAUCCUGAUAUUGGGGUGAAUGCUCUACAAGAUUACCAACUGAACAAUAACAGGAAUUUCAUUUUGGAAAUUAGAGAGACAGGAGAUGGAAAGAAAUAUGCAGAAUUAGUACUAGAAAAACAGUUGGAUCAUGAAAGUGAAAGCAGUUUCCAUUUAAUACUUUCAGCUAUGGAUGGAGGGAAUCCUCCCAAAACAGGGACAGCCAAAAUAUGGAUUACUGUCAUCGAUGUGAAUGACAACUCACCUGUCUUUACUCAAAAGAUUUACAUGGUUACACUGAGAGAGAAUGCACCAAGUGGUUCUUUAGUGGUACAGGUGAAAGCCACAGACAGAGAUGCAGGUUCAAAUGGCCAGAUCAGCUAUGGUUUUAGAAACAUCCCUGAACGUGUUCGCCAGAAAUUCAACUUGGAUUCACAAGAUGGAAAAGUUACAGUUAAGGAGUCUCUGGAUUUUGAGGAAACAGAGAAAUAUUUGAUGACAGUAGAAGCCCGUGAUGGAGGUGGAUUAGCAGCUCAAUGUAAAGUUGAAAUAAAACUAUUAGAUGUGAAUGAUAAUGCACCAGAGGUGAUUUUGGCCUCCUUAUCCAGUCCAAUACCGGAAGACUCUGCAGCAGGAACUCUGGUAGCCCUUAUCAACAUUAAAGAUAGAGAUUCUGGAGAUCAUGGGGAAAUUGCUUGCCAUUUAAAAGACAUUUUGCCAUUUAAGGUGGUGUUUACUUCCCAUAACCUCUAUAAGCUUCUUACAGAUGGCCCUUUGGACAGGGAAAGGACUCCAGAGUACAAUAUCACAAUCACAGCAACAGACAAAGGCACACCCCCUCUUUCAACAGAGAAGACCAUCUCCCUGACGAUUUCAGAUAUCAAUGACAACUCUCCUACCUUUGAGAAAUCCUCUUACACUGCCUUUGUGCCAGAGAACAAUCCUGCAGGCACCUCCAUUUUCCAUGUUCAUGCCUCAGAUCCAGAUCUGGAACGCAAUGCGCAAAUCACUUACUCCCUCCUCAGAAGCAACAUUCAAGAGCUGCCUCUCUCAUCUUACCUCUCCAUUAACUCUGAAACUGGCAUCAUCUAUGCUCAGCGCUCUUUCGACUAUGAACAGUGCAGGGAGUUUCAGGUGGAGGUGAGGGCCCAAGAUGGAGGCUCCCCACCCCUCAGCAGCACUGCCACUGUGAAGUUCUUUAUCCUGGACCAGAACGACAAGAGCCCUCAAAUCCUUUACCCUUCUCAGGGAGCGGAGGGUUCAGCCUUGUUUGAGAUGGUGCCUCGGUCAGCGGAGGAGGGCUAUCUGGUGACCAAGGUGGUGGCGGUGGAUGCUGACUCUGGGCACAAUGCUUGGCUCUCUUACCAUCUGGUCCAGGCCACUGAACCAGGACUCUUCUCAAUUGGGGUCCACAAUGGUGAGAUCAGGACAUCCCGGACAUUUUUGGAAAGAGAUGCUGUCAAGCAGAAGCUGGUAAUCUUAGUGAAGGAUAAUGGCCAGCCACCACUAUCCAGUACUGUGAGUCUUAACCUGGUCUUUGCUGAAAACUUCCAAGAGGCUCUUCCAGAAAUUAACAGUCAUUCCAGAGACCCAGAGUAUCAAUCAGAUCUCCAGUUCUAUUUGGUCCUUGCCUUAGCUUUGAUCUCAUUCUUAUUCCUUCUGACAGUGAUUCUGGCUAUCUUGACAAACUUCGAAAAACAGGGGAGCCCCAAAUUCUUGCAGUGUUUUGGUCCUGUUCCUCAUUCAAACAAUGCUGUCCUAUUCCCUCCAAACUAUGAAGAAGGGACUUUGCCUUACUCCUAUCAGCUCUUGAAUAUGAGCCAUCCCAAGCUUGGCAAUUCCUCUCUGAGAUCUGUGUUGGUCAACAGCGACACUGAUUACCACUUGAGCAAUAAUAAUUAUUUCAUUUUAGAAGUUAGAGAUAGAGAAGAUGGAAAGAAAAAUGCAGAAUUAGUAUUAAACAAGCUAUUGGAUCACGAAAGUGAGAGCAGUUUCCAUUUAAUACUUACAGCAUUGGACGGAGGGAAACCUCCCAAAACAGGAACAGCCAAAAUAUGGAUUACUGUAAUUGAUGUCAAUGACAAUGUACCAGUUUUUACUCAAGACCUGUACAUAGUGACCCUCAGAGAGAAGGCACCAAUUGGGUCUUUAGUGGUACAAGUGGAAGCCACGGACAGAGAUGCAGGUUCAAAUGGCCAGAUCAACUAUGGUUUCAGAAACAUCCCUGAACGUGCCCGGCAAAAAUUCAACUUGGAUUCACAAACUGGGAAAAUAACAAUCCGGGAAGCUCUGGACUUUGAGGAAACAGAGAAAUAUAUGAUGGCAGUAGAAGGGAGAGAUGGGGGUGGAUUGGUGGCUCACUCAAAAAUUGAAAUAAAACUAUUAGAUGAGAAUGACAACAGCCCAGAAAUGAUUCUUGCCUCCUUAUCCAGUCCGAUACCUGAAGGUUCUGCAUUAGAAACCUUAGUAGCUCUUAUCAAUGUAAAGGAUGGAGAUUCUGGAGAUAAUGGGGAAAUUACAUGUCAUUUAAAAAAUGAUUUGCCAUUCAAAGUUGUGUCAACAGCCAAUAACCUCUAUAAGCUUCUUACAGAUGGCCCUUUAGACAGGGAAAGCACUCCAGAGUACAAUAUCAAAAUCAUAGCAACAGACAAAGGCACACCUCCUCUUUCAACAGAGAUGACCAUCUCCCUGAAGAUUUCAGAUAUCAAUGACAACUCCCCUGCCUUUGAGAAAUCCUCUUACACUGCCUUUGUACCAGAGAACAAUCCUUCGGGCUCCUCUAUUUUCUGUAUUCAAGCCUCAGAUCCAGAUCUGGAACACAAUGCCCAAAUCACUUACUCCCUCCUCAGAAGCAACAUUCAGGAGCUGCCUCUCUCAUCUUACCUCUCCAUUAACUCUGAAACUGGCAUCAUCUAUGCUCAGCGCUCCUUUGACUAUGAACAGUGCAGAGAGUUUGAGGUGGAGGUGAGGGCCCAAGAUGGAGGCUCCCCACCCCUCAGCAGCACUGCCACUGUGAAGGUCUUCAUCCUGGACCAGAAUGACAAGAGCCCUCAAAUCCUUUACCCUUCUCAGGGAGCGGAGGGCUCAGCCUUGUUUGAGAUGGUGCCUCGCUCAGCGGAGGAGGGCUAUCUGGUGACCAAGGUGGUGGCGGUGGAUGCUGACUCUGGGCACAAUGCUUGGCUCUCUUACCAUCUGGUCCAGGCCACUGAGCCAGGGCUCUUCACGAUUGGGGUCCAUAAUGGUGAGAUCAGGACAUCCCGGACAUUUUUGGAAAGAGAUGCUCUCAAGCAGAAGCUGGUAAUCUUAGUGAAGGAUAAUGGCCAGCCACCACUAUCCAGUACUGUGAGUCUUAAUCUGGUCUUUGCUGAAAACUUCCAAGAGGCUCUUCCAGAAAUUAAUAGCCCAUCCAGAGACCCAGAGUAUCAGUCAGACCUCCAGUUCUACUUGGUCCUUGCCUUAGCUUUGAUCUCAUUCUUAUUCCUCCUGACAGUGAUUCUGGCCAUUCUGACAAAGCUUCGAAGAUCAGGGAGCCCCAAAUUCUUACAGUGUUUUGGUCCUGUUCCCCAUUCAAACAAUGCUGUCUUAUUCCCACCAAACUAUGAAGAAGGGACUUUGCCUUACUCCUAUCAGCUUUGUCUGUCUUCUGAGUCCAGGAUACAGGAAUUUGCCUUUCCAGCACCCAAUGUUCAUACUGCAGGGAAUAUUACCUGUAAUCGGAAGUCUGAUGUGCUUCUGACAGCGGACCAAGAAAACAGCUUUAAAAUGGUUAUGGAUAAUGCUGAUGUGGUGAGUUUUUACUGUACAUGA